AUUCUGCAGCCGAACACGUGUGACCUGUGUGGACAGUACUCGCUCAGUCUCCCUCCCCAGCCCUGCCCACAGUAAGCCCGGCCCCUUCUUUUCCCGGAGCCCCGCCUCUCGGCCGCUUUCCAACUCAGCCCCCACGGAUCUCGCCCUUCCCCCGCGGCCCCACGACUUCUCGCGAGAGUUGAGCGCGCCUGGCCGGACGGGAGGAAAGUAUCCGUUCCGCCGAGGGGGGAAAGGAGGAGCUGGAGACAGAUUGUAGGACUGAGCGCGGGCAGGCGGGAGGCAACGGAGCUACCAGCCGCUCCGCUCUGCUAUAUGAAAUAUGGGAGACGACAGACCGUUUGUGUGCAAUGCCCCGGGCUGUGGACAGAGAUUUACAAACGAGGACCACCUGGCAGUUCAUAAACACAAGCAUGAGAUGACAUUGAAAUUUGGCCCAGCCCGAACUGACUCAGUCAUCAUUGCAGAUCAAACUCCUACCCCAACUAGAUUCCUGAAGAACUGUGAGGAGGUGGGACUCUUCAAUGAACUAGCUAGCUCCUUUGAACAUGAAUUCAAGAAAGCUGCAGAUGAGGAUGAGAAAAAGGCUGCUGCUGGGCCCCUUGACAUGUCUCUGCCUUCCACACCAGACAUCAAAAUCAAAGAAGAAGAGCCAGUGGAGGUAGACUCAUCCCCACCUGAUAGCCCUGCCUCUAGUCCCUGUUCCCCACCACUGAAGGAGAAGGAGGUUACCCCAAAGCCUGUUCUGAUCUCUACCCCCACACCCACCAUUGUACGUCCUGGCUCCCUGCCUCUCCACUUGGGCUAUGAUCCACUUCAUCCAACCCUUCCCUCCCCAACCUCUGUCAUCACACAGGCUCCACCAUCCAACAGGCAAAUGGGGUCUCCCACUGGCUCCCUCCCUCUUGUCAUGCAUCUUGCUAAUGGACAGACCAUGCCUGUGUUGCCAGGGCCUCCAGUACAGAUGCCGUCUGUUAUAUCGCUGGCCAGACCUGUGUCCAUGGUGCCCAACAUUCCUGGUAUCCCUGGCCCACCAGUUAACAGCAGUGGCUCCAUUUCUCCCUCUGGCCACCCUAUACCAUCAGAAGCCAAGAUGAGACUGAAAGCCACCCUAACUCACCAAGUCUCCUCAAUCAAUGGUGGUUGUGGAAUGGUGGUGGGUAGUGCCAGCACCAUGGUGACAGCCCGCCCAGAGCAGAGCCAGAUCCUCAUCCAGCACCCUGAUGCCCCAUCCCCUGCCCAGCCACAGGUCUCACCAGCCCAGCCCACCCCUAGUACUGGGGGGAGACGGCGGCGCACAGUAGAUGAAGAUCCAGAUGAGCGACGGCAGCGCUUUCUAGAGCGCAACCGGGCUGCAGCCUCCCGCUGCCGCCAAAAGCGAAAGCUGUGGGUGUCCUCCCUAGAGAAGAAGGCCGAAGAACUCACUUCUCAGAACAUUCAGCUGAGUAAUGAAGUCACAUUACUACGCAACGAGGUGGCCCAGUUGAAACAGCUACUGUUAGCUCAUAAAGACUGCCCAGUCACUGCACUACAGAAAAAGACUCAAGGCUAUUUAGAAAGCCCCAAGGAAAGCUCAGAGCCAACGGGUUCUCCAGCCCCUGUGAUUCAGCACAGCUCAGCAACAGCCCCUAGCAAUGGCCUCAGUGUUCGCUCUGCAGCUGAAGCUGUGGCCACCUCGGUCCUCACUCAGAUGGCCAGCCAAAGGACAGAACUGAGCAUGCCGAUACAAUCGCAUGUAAUCAUGACCCCACAGUCCCAGUCUGCGGGCAGAUGAUGCCUCCUCUGGUGGAGAGGUCCUCAGCCAGAGCUCGCCCACCCAAGAGCCAAGAGAGAUGUCAUCUUAUCCCCUCCCAUCUGCCUUGGACAUGGCAAUAUGGGUGGGGGGGAAUUGUGUGUUGUGAGUAAUGGACAGAUAUGGGGCUUUUUAGCCAUGUGGUCAUGUACGUUUGACACCUGUGCUGGGGGCCUCCCAGCCCCAGAGCCUCAUAGAUCAUCCCCCAGGGUGGGGUUUCUGAUGCACCCACAGCCAAAGGCCUUUCCAGAUGGUCCGAACAAUCACCCCUGCCCCAUGCACGUGUAUCUGUCUCUUUUAACACUAACCCUUUGCACUUCUAGGUUUGGGGUUUCUCAGUUCCCUCUCUUCCCACUAAGCCGUGGCUGUUACCUUUUUGUUCCUUACCAGCAUGGCACUUCCUGCCAGAUAGAGGGAGGCUAGAUUUGAUGGCAUAUCACCCACUGACCCAGCCCCAGCCACCCCAUGGACUCAGGACUCUGUCUCCCAUAGCUGCUUAUUUACCCCGUUUCCUUUUUCCUCUUCCUUAAUUCUAGUUAAAACAUUCACUUACGGAGAAUGUAAGGUUACCUUUGAUGUAUGAAGUAGCAGUAUUUUCCAGUUUUUCCAUAAGCUUUAUUCCUUCUCCCUACCUGCCACCAAAAAAAAAAAAGCAAAAAGAAAGAAACCCUCAAGAGUUCUAAUUCUUUUUCAUCUAUUUGCAGAGCUAUUUGGGUACCUCAUUUUGUCCCUUGACUUUAUGUAGUGUAGUGGUGGGGUCUUUCCCACCACCCCGCUAAGCCUUGGCAACCUCAUUUUGUGGCCUUAUUAUUAAAGAUUGCUUGGUAGUGAAAAGGGAGGGGCCUAGAAUCUGACUGGCUGAUUCUGUCUCCUCCCCUCCCUCCUUCUUUAGUUUUAAUCAUCAGGGCAGACAGGAACAAAGUAUUUCAAAGCUUGUUCCGUCAUGUUAGGGAUUAAUUGAUUCCUUUAUGUUUUAUAAGAAUUUACCAGCCAAAGCGUACAUAUUGUCAUCUUUGGUCAUUUUUCUGCUCCUGCUUCUCCCUCUUCAUUCCCCUGUCAACAUUACCGCCCCUGUCUCUCUUCUGUAACUACUUCAGACGCAGCCCUCCUGGAGGCUGUCAUGUUUGUUCUACCCCAUCUCUCCCCUCACACAUCUGUCUGCUUUUCUGAGCUAGAGUCUUCUGUUCACAAGUGCCCAUCAUCAUCUGGACUAUCUUCUUUCUCUUUCACCAGGUUCCUAGCUUAGCCACUAGGUCUUCCAGGUCCUCCAGAGUUUCUUCAACCCAUUUCUGCUCUCUUCUCCUUACAUGCAGUGCUCCAGGAUCUUGAAGCGUCAUAGCCAAGAUCCUGAGUGGGUUUACUUGAGUAUAAGAUUGAAAGGAGGGAGGAAGGGGAGAGGGAAAGUGCAGAACUGGUCCCAGCAAAGGACCCCAGGUUCUGGCCUGGGAAAUUGGUGACUGUUGCUCUCAACCAUUCUUGCUUUGAAGAGUUGGGUUGCAGAGGGAGCAGUUCAUCUCUCUUGUCCCUCUUUCUUCCACGUUAAGGCGUCUCAUCUCCCCUUGGCUCUGAACUAGGCAGUUUCUACCAGGACCAUAGGAAGCAAUUCAGAGCCAGAGGCCUGUGGAUAGAUAGGUCAGCUUUAAUUGCCUUUCCGUAUGAAACCCUUCCAGUUGUCCCAGAGCCACUUUCUGCCAUCUGUGCAAGCCAAGAAUGUCCUUCUCUCCAUCUUUCCUACCUCCAUCUUGAACAUACAUACAAAAUAACUGCCAGCUUCCUUUCUUAUUUUGUCUCCAAAAUUGACUGUCACAGGGGAAUGAGAAAAUGUUCUAAGCUACAAGAGUCCCAUUUCCUUAAAGUGAUAUCCUGUCCUAGUGAACCAGUCAGGUAACAGGUUCUGCUGCAUUUGUUUUAAAUUUCCCCUCCUGCUUUUCAGAGCUGGUGCUGAACAGGCCACACCCCUAAAGACAAAGGAGAGAAAACAUGGUUUUCUCAUCCUCUACCACCAGGUACCCAACAGGAAUAGGCCCUGAAGUGAUUCAGACUAGCAAAUGUUAUGGCAGAUGGUCAAGAUGCAGGUUACCACAUCCAGGGACUUCACUUUUGCCUUUAAAAAUUCACAGCCAUAACCUGUGCUCAGGACUUCCCCUUUAGCCGACUGCUCCCUGGGAUUUUCUCCUGCUUUAGAGUUUUGUUUCAUUUUUUAUUGUCUUGAUUUCCCAGUAGCAGCCUUGCCCUAAAGCUUGACUGAGUUUAUGGCUCCUAAGGAGCUUUCCUAAGACUCUUGACUAUUUUUCUUCCCCCUUCAGUCAAGUGUUUUUACAGUUAAGAAUUAAUUUGUCACUGCAUACAUGCCCUGCCAGUCUGUCCCUGUGUUGGGUGGCUAAUUUAUGUAGAGGGUCUUUUUUAUUUCUUAGCCCCCAUGACUAAUUAUCUAGUCCUAACUUCAUUUUUAUCAGUGGGAAGAUGUAUACAGGACCUCAAUGAGGAGCACUGCCAGAACCACAGUAACAAAAUGGUACUGAAAUAAGGAAGCAGCAGGUCACAACCCCCUAGAUAGUUCUUGAGUUGGUUCUCAGUCUCACUAAGGAGGCAGAAUAAUUGCUUACCCUGAAACUUCUCUGAUAGUCAAAGAUAACUUCACUUACCUUGUUAUUGCUACCAGCCAUGUGGUCACUCUCCCCCAGUCUUUGUCUUCCAGAUCCAUCUGGACCAGAACCAGACAUCAUGGAAGGUGUCACUUGGCCCUUCCUAAAGUCCAUGGCCUUUCUAGAGGCCUAAGGGAGGACACUUUCAGAAAGGAGCUGAGUGUAUGGUGGGUGUCCUGAAUUCGUUCAUGUGAAUACAGGACUCAGGCUUCCCACCCCACUCCAAUGUGAGUGCUCGAUACACAAGCACUCUAGCUAGCUGCCACGUACCCAAGGCCACAGAGGAAGGGGACAGAACCAGGUCUUCUGGUCUGCUCACUUUCUGCCCCAUUCCCCCAACAGAAAGCUUGCUUAGAGUUAAAAAGUCUAAGAAAGCCUCCCACAAUACUAGAGAGGCCAAAAAAAAAAAAGUCAUGCCCCCUUUACUUACUCUUUUGCUGCUGGUUAUGUACCUCAAAUCUGACUUCCUUAGCCUUUACCUCCCUCCUUGGCCCUAAGCAUUAGACCAUGUACUCUAAGUAGUGGUUAAAGAGGGACUGAGCAAACUGAACCUCCUCUCGCUCACUUCUCUAUCCCUGUUCUGUUGGUUUUGGCUCCUUUCUUGAUUCACUGCCCUCUAGCACCACCCAUCCUGGUAGAUGGAGUGCUUAACCCCAACCGUGCCCUAUGUACAGCCUGGACCACCAAACAGACACAAAAAAAAUUCUUCCUGUGGUUUCUGGGGCUCCGCCGCUCCACACUGAGAGGCUCCUUAAAGGUGCUAGCCCCUGAUACAGCUAUCCCCGCCAGUUUUCUCCUUUUUUCAUAACUUCCUUCCCAUCCCCAAAUCAUUAAUUUUUCAUUAAUAUUGUACAUUGUAUACACAGGAAGGAAAUAUGUUAUUUUUUUUUAUUUCAUAACCAGUCUGUUUAGAUUCCAGUCUUCCUAGCUAUAUCACAUAUGCCUUGUUGAUAUGCUCUUUCUGCUUUCUUUAGACUUAAUGUUUGACGGGGGUGGGGGUGUCUGGAAGAACAGGAAAGGUGGGGAUCCUAAGGCAGAUUAAAGGACUCCCUCCACCCCACUACAGCCUCCCACAACUCUAGUCAUCCCUCUCAUAGUACAGGACUGAUUUCUGUGUGUCUGUUUGUACACACAAAUGUGCAUACAGACAUAAAUUCCCGCACCCCAUACCAAGGUGGUUACCCAGCAGGAAUGAGCAUAGGUGGCUGCUGGCCACCAUUACCACCCUCUGCACCAGUUGAGUUGUCUCUCUUUGGGGUAAAGUCCUACCCCAGAAUGAGAAAAGGCUGGGGAGAGUAGGGCAGGUUAAAGGAGCUUAUGUCCUUUGUAGAUGUAGGUUUGUAUCAUAGCUACUAGGGUUUAUUUUUUUAAUGGGGGGCUAAUAGCACAGAGUUAUCUCACCAACAGUAGCUACUGGUGAGUGAUGUUUUAGCUGUAAGAAGUGGCUAUGAGCAAUAGUUUCACUGACUUUACCUUAGGGCAGUUGUUCCCAGAAUGUGGUCCAGGACCAGCAGCAUCAGUGCCACAAUAAUCUGGGAACUUGUUAGAAAUACACAUUCUCAGGCCCCAUCCCAGACCUAUUGAAUCACAGACUCUGGGGGCAGGAUUUAAAAGCACUCCAAGUGAUUCUAAUGCACACUAAAGGUUGAGAACCGUUUCUUAGGGAUAAGCUGGGAAAUUCUUACAGGUAUGGAGGAUAUUUCAAAUACAUCUUUUGUCUUUGGACUAACAUUCUUCCAUUUCUUUCAGUCUCUUCCUCCAUUCCCAUUAAAGUAAUCCCCGUCAUAUCACUGAUCUCAAAAGCUAGAUUUGUCUUCUUUCUAGUCAUAUCCCUAAAACCAUGCAUUGGUCUGGACAGGAGUUGUCCCAUAUUCCCUUGCAGACUGGUCACUCUAUGUUCUCUGUUACAGUAAGGACCAGCCAGAGCUUCAGCUGUCCCGUUCCUCCCCCUACAACACACACACCUUUCAGGCAGGGAGGAGAUGAGCUUCCAGCCCCAAGAGUGGAGGCUGCCACAUCCUAACAUAGUAUCUAUUGAAAAGGAAGCAGUGUGUAUCUAUGAUUAUAUCUCUGUUCAUCUAUAUAUUUUUGACAUGUAGCAACACCUCUCCAUCUUAUCAAGGAACUCAACUUGGUCUGGGUCUCCCCAGUGCCCAGUGGUGGCCUUUGACAGGUAGGAGGAUGCAGUGCUGCAGGCUGUUUUGUUUUUUGUUACAAAACUGUCUUUUCCCUUUUCCCCUCCACCUGAUUCAGCAUGAUCCCUGUGAGCUGGUUCUCACAAUCUCCUGGGACUGGGCUGAGGCAGGGGCUUUGCUCUAUUCUCCCUAACCAUACUGUCUUCCUUUCCCCCUUGCCACUUAGCAGUUAUCCCCCCAGCCAUGCCUUCUCCCUCCCUCCCUUGCCCUGGCAUAUAUUGUGCCUUAUUUAUGCUGCAAAUAUAACAUUAAACUAUCAAGUGAACCAC